AUGAGAGUCUUAAACUUGAAGGAAUUUCUCAUCUUGGAAAUAAUCGCAUGGAAAACGAUACUCAGAUUACGAAGAAAUCCAUAGAUUCUCAGUGUUUGCUUCAAAUUGAGCUCUGGUUAUGGAACACAAUUCAAGAUUCGAACUUGGAUAAGAAACUUUCAUUUUGAAAAUGAACUAAUUGCAGACCUUACCCUUGAAGAAUUCCAAACUUCAUACUUGACACUUAAACUCAAAGCUCCUGAAAGAAAGAACAUCAAGAGCGCGUCUGGAUUAAGUCUCCCAGAUUCAGUUGAUUCGAAAGAUGGAUUGACAGUCAAAAAUCAAGGUAGUUGUGGUUCAUGCUGGGCCUUCGCUGCCGCUGCUGCCCUUGAAGCUGGUUUCCAUCAAUCAUAAAAAGAAUGA